AUGGUCGUAAAAACGGCAAUGCCCCUCAUUUCGGAUAUCAUCACGAGACCUGGGCUCUCAGGUCCCUGUUCGGCUGGAUUGUUCAAGACGUUCGUGGGACUUCAGCAACAGAAAGCAUGGGCUAUACGAAUGGCCCUGGCUAACGGACUGAUACCUUCGAACAUGCUGGAUGGAGCGUUCGUGAACUUUGGAGGGUACGAGCAGUGUCUCCAAACGAGGGUGCGCUCGUCGGAUGGAGAGCUUUACUUCAAAGGACAGUACUGCUCCAUAUUCCUGAAACCACCCCCAGGCGCCCUCGAAAGCCUCACCGCCAGAUUUCAGGAAAUUGGAGAGCUUACGGGUCGCUUCGAUCCUACAAAAAGGAGGAACGCCGAGCAUUUCAUGAACACUGACUAUAGGGGAAGCAUCUGCAUGCCUUCCCUUUGCACGACGGAAGACCUCAAUUUCCUCGCUCGAUCCGUCCUGGGCAUUUAUGGUGCAAAUGCUACCGUGGCAGACUGCAGAACGGAUGACCCGAAGCCACUAACGAGGCUCCAAGCGGCUGCAAUCGCAACUAUUGGGGCGUUCUUUGUCCUCGUCGCCAUCGGCACGGCUGUGGACUGGCAUCUCAUCAAGACUGCAAGUACAAAGAAAGUUCAAGCGCUGCCUGUGCGCAUUUUGCACGUUUUUUCGGCAAUCGACAAUACAAGAUUCCUGCUGAAUACGGAUCUGAAACCGCAAAAUGAGCCUCUCAAGUUCAUAUCAGGUCUGAAAGUCAUCAUGGCUUUCUGGGUGGUGCUUGGUCACGCCUACCUGCUUACAAACCUCGGAUUCUUUCCAAGCACAUUAUGCUGA